UCUAGUAGGGUGUCCGGCGGGUUCCCGGGGAGCGGGUGAGCGAGGUGCGGCCUGCCGGGUCACCUCCUCCUUCAGCCGGCUCUUCGGGCUGCCAUGGCGCUCCGGGGCAUCUCUGUAGUGGAGCUGGCCGGCCUGGCCCCUGGUCCGUUCUGUGGCAUGGUCCUAGCGGACUUCGGGGCGCAGGUGGUGCGAGUGGACCGACUGGGCUCCGCCGGCGACGUGAGCCAUUUGGGUCGGGGCAAGCGGUCGCUGGCUGUGAAUCUGAAGCAGCCGCAGGGAGCGUCGGUGGUGCGGCGCCUGUGCGCCCAGGCGGACGUGGUGCUGGAGCCCUUCCGCCACGGUGUCAUGGAAAAACUGCAGCUUGGCCCAGAGAUUCUGCGCAAGGAGAACCCAAAGCUUAUCUAUGCCAGGUUGAGUGGAUUUGGACAAUCAGGAAAAUUCGCUGAGAGAGCAGGUCAUGACAUCAACUAUUUGGCUUUGUCAGGUGUGCUGUCUAAACUGGGCAGAAGUGAUGAGAACCCAUAUGCCCCGCUGAAUCUCCUGGCCGACUUCGCUGGGGGGGGCCUUAUGUGUGCCCUGGGCAUCGUGCUGGCUCUCUAUGAACGCGCAUGUUCUGGCAAAGGGCAGAUCAUUGAUGCAAACAUGGUGGAAGGGACAGCCUAUCUCAGCUCUUUUCUGUGGAAAACUCAAGAAAGCGGUCUGUGGGAACAGCCUCGAGGCUACAACUUGCUAGACGGUGGCGCCCCUUUCUACACGACCUAUAGGACAGCAGAUGGGGGGUUCAUGGCCGUUGGCGCCAUAGAGCCCCAGUUCUACAAGCUGCUCAUUCAGGGACUUGGGCUGCAGUCUGAUGAACUUCCCAGUCAGAUGAGUAUAACUGAUUGGCCAGAAAUGAAGAAGAAGUUUGCAGAUGCAUUUGCAAAGAAGACAAAGGCAGAGUGGUGCCAGAUCUUUGACGGCACAGAUGCGUGCGUGACUCCGGUUCUGACUUUUGAAGAGGUUGCCCAUCAUCGUCAUAACAAAGACCGGGGCUCAUUUAUCACAGAUAAGAAGUUGGGCACAAGUCCUCGCCCCGCACCCCUGCUGUCCAAUACCCCAGCUACCCCUUCUUCCAAGAGGGAUCCUUUUGUCGGAGAACACAGUGAAGAGAUCCUUAAAGAGUUUGGGUUCAGCCAGCAAGAGGUUGACAAGCUUAAGUCAGAUAAAAUUAUUCAAAGUCAUAAACCAAGAGCUAAUCUCUAAGUUCCAAGCCCCAUAGUCUAGAGUAAUACAUACAAGAGUGUGUGUGUAAACUUGAACCAGUAUCAUAGUGAUCUGUUGCUUCUAAUUAAGGAACAAGACUGAUUCUGAUUGUACAGCAACGAUUGAAUCUUGAAAAUGGCUUUGGGCUAUUUCACUUUAUACUACAUAUGUCAGUUUUCUACCUCCCAGUUUACUUGAGAGAUUAUAUUUGACGUUAAAUUGCUUAAAUACUUAUACUUUAAAUGAAUUAAUAUAUUGCUUUUUAUUAAAUAAAGCUUU